AUGGCCAAGGUUAAGCAAAGACGCCGUCGUACAGAUAAUUUCAAAGGUCCAUCGGCAGUCACAAUAGAGCCCGGCAUUAGACCAGUUACAUUGGAUACGAAGUCCAAACAAGACAAAUUUCUCGCCGAUGCUGGCCCAUAUUAUCGCCAGGCCAAGUCUAAGGGAGAAAAGGAAGAGUUUCUUCACGAAAUCAGCCAACUUUGGUUUAGAAUUUGGCCGGAGGAUCCGUUGAAUACGGCAGACAUUGAUUUUGCACGUCACAGACAAAAGAAUAUUAUGAAGAAAAUCAGAACAAGGCUGUUACUCCUCGGUGCCUUUGGGAUUGUGGAAGGAGAUACGUUGUGGAGGGACUUUAUUGCUGCCAAAAUGCACGAGCUCCAUCCUGACAAGCUACCCUCUGUCUGA